CUACGCCCGAGUUCCCUUUUAGACUCUAACUCUUCCUUUUUCUAGCCUGGGGCGAAGGCGGGGCCGGAUCCCUGGAAUCCCCGCCCCCAGGGUGUGAAGAAGCUGCGGGGACGUCCCCAUCAUUUGCAUAGCCCCCGGGACGUGGCGCGGCUCGGAGGCCACUUCCGAGUUGUAGAGAACUCCAAGUCCCAAUAGGCCAUGGGGCUGGAUGCGUCACUUCUGUUGUGUUGGAGGCUGAGGAGAAUUGAAGCUGGGAGGCGGCUCUGGCUUGAGAGAGGCGGCUAGCCCCCAGCGGGGCAGCCCAGCGGACCGACCAGCUAGAUGUCCCAAAUGGAGCUGGCUUUGUCUCCUGGUGACCAGGACCUGCUGGGCUUCCUGCUAGAGGAAAGCGGAGAUUUGGGGGCUGCGCCGGACGAAGCUGUGGAGGCUCAGCUGGACUGGGAGCUGCCGCGCUCCGAGGUACUGAGCGACUGGGAGGUAGAGGAUUUACUGAGCUCCCUGCUGAGUCCUCCACCAUCCUUGGACGUUCUUGGCUCCUCCGACUCCAGCCCUGUCCACCACGAUCACACCUACUCCCUUCCACAGGAAUAUGUCUCUAUCGAUCUAGGUGAGUCUGAAAUAAACAGUUUCAGGAGAGGAGAGGGUCAUGGGCCUGAUAAUUCCUGCUAUCCUUUUUUUGUAGAUAGUGGGAGCUGUGGAGAGGAGGCGGCCCAGAUGACUCCACUGCAUGUGGAAGAGCCGACUGAGCAGGAGAUUUCUAGGCUGAUACUGACAGAGGAGGAGAAAAGGCUAUUGGAGAAGGAGGGGCUUACUCUGCCUGUGACACUUCCUCUCACUAAGAUGGAAGAACAAGUUCUGAAACGAGUACGGAGGAAGAUUCGAAACAAGAGGUCUGCUCAAGAGAGCCGCAGGAAGAAGAAGGUGUAUGUGGGGGGUUUAGAGAACAGGGUCUUAAAAUACACAGCCCAGAAUCUGGAGCUACAGAACAAAGUACAACUUCUGGAGGAACAGAAUUUGUCCCUUCUAGAUCAGCUGAGGAAACUCCAGGCCAUGGUGAUUGAGAUAUCAAACAAAACCACCAGCAGCAGCACCUGUGUCCUGGUCCUACUAUUCUCCUUCUGCCUCCUCCUUGUGCCUGCCAUGUACUCCUCGGACACAAGGGGGAGCCUGCCGGCUGAGCACAUUGUGUUCCGCCAGCUUCGUGCCCUCCCCAUUGAGGACCAGCAUCAGCUGGAACUGCCUGCACUGCAGUCAGAUGUACCAAAGGACAGCACAAACCAGUUACUGGACAGCUCAGAACAUAUGCUCCAGGCCUCUGGCAACUCUUCCUGCCUGCAGUAUCGCAUGCCUCCGGCUCCUCAGGAAGAGCCUCCUCUGCAGUGGCCACUCCCCAACUUGUUCUCAGAGCCCCUCUGCUCAGGUCCCACUCUUCCCUUGCAGGCAAAUCUCACAGAAAAUGGGGGAUGGCUCCCUACCCACAGCCCAUCACCUGUCAUCUUGCAGGACAGAUACUCAGGUUAAAUGUGAGAAUAUAGGGUGUCUCAGCGAAAGCCCACCUCUGCCCCUGUGUCUGUCCAAACGGAAUGGGAGAGGGUUGACGUUCACUCCUGUGCCCUGUUAGGAUGCCUAAGGGCUCAAGCACACCACACUUACUGGCUUUGUGGGUCUUUUAUUUGUACCCAUGUGUGUAUUAUCCCAUGAAUGGAUCUGGGGAAAUCAGCUGACCUCCUCAAACAUUUCAUGCAGUGAGAGAAGGGGUAAGGAAAUAAAUAAGUGAUUCUGAUGC